AUGGCCGAGAUAAAUCCCGCUUUCGUGCUGCAAAAAGUCAAAGAGGUCACUUUUGAAGACCGGGACGUGCCCAAAUUGAGAGAUGAGCACGACGUUCGCGUUCACAUUGAGCAAACCGGAAUUUGCGGCAGUGAUGUUCACUACUGGCAGCGCGGUCGCAUUGGUGACUUCAUCCUAAACAGCCCCAUCGUGCUGGGCCAUGAAAGCGCGGGCACCGUGGUGGAGGUGGGCUCAAAAGUAAAAAAUCUCAAGGUUGGAGAUCGUGUUGCUAUUGAGCCUGGUGUCCCAUGCAGGCACUGCGACUACUGCCGGUCCGGGGCUUACAACCUCUGUGCCGAUACCGUGUUUGCUGCCACCCCUCCAUGGGAUGGAACUCUUCAAAAAUACUACAUUGUGGCUGGUGAUUAUUGCUACAAGAUCCCCGACCACAUGACGGCCGAAGAUGGAGCCUUGGUUGAGCCCGUGGCUGUAGCUGUCCAAAUAUGCAAAGUUGCUGAUCUCCGCGCCGGACAGUCGGUGCUCGUCUUUGGCUGUGGGCCGAUUGGGGCGUUGUGCCAGGCGGUCGCAAAGGGCUAUGGCGCAUCCAAGGUGAUUGGCGUCGACAUUUCAAAGUCGCGGGCGGCAUUCGCGGAGGGGUUUGGAGCUGACGGGGUCUUCAUCCCCGAGAAGCCGGAUGCAUCUCUUGAUCCAGUCGAUGCGUCACGGGCAACUGCCGAGCGCAUAGUUGAUCACUUUGGGCUUGGUGAAGGCGCCGAUGUUGUUCUCGAGUGCACUGGAGCUGCCCCAUGCAUACAAGCAGGCGUGUUUGCAGCAAAGAAGGGUGGUACCUAUGUCCAGGCCGGCAUGGGCCAAGAGAACGUGGUGUUCCCGAUCACUACUGCUUGCAUCAGAGCACUCAACAUCAAGGGCUCCAUUCGGUAUACCACUGGUUGCUAUCCUCAGGCAGUGGAGCUUGUCGCAUCGGGUAAGGUCAAGCCACGGGCAUUGAUCACGCAUAGAUUCAAAUUUGAACAGUCACUGGAGGCAUUUGAAGUAGUGAAGAAGGCGUCGGAAGACACAUUGAAGGUCAUGAUCGCUGGAGUACAAUAG